AUGGCGCUUACGAAGGACCAAACUCUCGAACUCCACCGGAAGGCCACCCGACUGCUCGAGAUCAAGCUCGCGCGUGUCCCCAGGCGCAUCUUCGCAUCGGGUAGUCGCCCUACUAUCCACGAGUACUACACCAAGGCACCUACCAUCUACGUUCCGAGUAUACCAGAGCAGUACCAACUGGAGUAUCUACUUGCCAACUACAACGCGGUUCUGGCCGCCGAUUCCAAAGCCAUCAAGACGCCUGGCGUAGACAUUGACGCCGCCAAAGCGAUCUGGUACUGGCAAAUCGACAAGUCGCACUCUUUCAGUCGUUAUCACACUGUCGUCCGAUAUAAUAUCCUGACCGCUGUCAUCGUAGGCGCGUCAAAAAACCCAGGUGCAUACUGCCCCGGAUCAGCGCAACAAUUCAUCCACGCCUUCGUUAUUGCGUGGAAAGAAGCAGUGUCGCAAUCAUCUUCUUUCACCGACCGGGAGGCCUUCUUGAAGCUGUGGGCGGAAGGGAAUCACGAUGUGAUGCAAUGGCGUUCCUGGCAGCUCGUCGCCAUGCGUCGGGCUGUUGCGCAGAUGAUGGAGAAGGUGCCUGAGCUCCCUUUCCCUGCUAGUGAGUUCUGGGACAAGGUCCAACAGCAGCCUGAAGUCGAGUGGAAGAAGCAUGGACAUGCGUGGGCGGCGCAAUGGGUUAAACAUGUGGCGGAGGAGAGCGAGCUUGCGGCCAAUCAGAAGGCCGGAGAUGCGGAGAUGGAGGGUGUGGAGGCCGGUUUGUGUGGAUUGGGAAUGGGGGAAGCGCCCGGAUACCUUUGCGAAGAGCUGUUCGAGCAGCCACAUGUGAAGGCUUUGCUCCUGGACAUCGAGGAACCUGACCCGGAGCUGCCAAAGGAGAGGUGGGAUAUGCGAGCUAUGUGGUUGGAUCCUUCUGCGGCGAUUGCCUUCAUGAAAGGCGUGAGUAGCACCGCGGUUGAUGAGCUGGACACUGCGCUGCAAAAUAUGUCCUUUAUGACCUAA